AUGAAGUUAAAACUCCCCAAUCCAGGCCUGGAGGACAGGAUAUUGUCCCAUCAGCAGCUGGACAAGCUGGAGCAAGAAGAGGCUGGAGACAGACCAAAGUGGGAUAACAAGGCCCAAUACAUGCUGACAUGUGUGGGGUUCUGUGUAGGACUCGGAAAUGUUUGGCGUUUCCCGUAUCUGUGCCAGAGUCAUGGAGGAGGUGCAUUUAUGAUACCCUUUCUAAUCCUGCUAGUCCUUGAAGGAAUCCCACUUUUACAUCUUGAGUUUGCUAUUGGUCAGCGCUUAAGAAAAGGCAGUUUGGGAGUGUGGGCCUCAAUUCAUCCCUAUCUGACUGGCAUUGGUAUUGCAUCCAUGUGUGUAUCUCUGACGAUCAGCCUCUACUAUAACACAAUCAUUGCCUGGAUUAUGUGGUACUUCUUCAACUCAUUUCAAGACCCUCUGCCUUUCAGUCAAUGCCCCCUGAACGCAAACUUAACAGGCGCUGUUUCAGAGUGUGAGAGGAGCUCACCUGUGGAUUACUUCUGGUACAGGGAGACCCUGAACACAACUCCAAAUAUUGAAAAUGAUGGUGGUCUGCAGUGGUGGAUACUGCUUUGUCAUAUUUCUGCAUGGUCUGUGCUCUAUAUCUGCAUCAUUCGUGGUAUCGAGACCACGGGCAAGGCGGUGUAUGUGACUUCAACCCUUCCCUAUGUGGUGCUGACAAUAUUUCUGAUCAGAGGAUUGACCCUAAAGGGUUCUCUGAGUGGAAUAAAAUUUCUCUUUACGCCGGAUUUAGCAGAGCUGGCAAAGCCGACAACAUGGCUGGAUGCUGGUGCUCAAGUUUUUUACUCCUUCUCUCUGGCUUUUGGUGGUCUCAUUUCCUUCUCCAGCUACAACUCAGUGCAUAACAACUGUGAACAGGAUGCAGUGAUAAUCUCCAUCAUCAAUGGAGUCACAUCUGUCUUUGCUGCCACUGUCAUCUACAGCAUUAUUGGCUUCAGAGCAACAGAAAGAUAUGACAACUGUUUCUCUGGAAACAUCUUAACCUUACUGAAUGCGUUUGAUCUUACUGAGGGUGACAUCACUGACAGCAACUAUGACCAGGUCAUUGGACAUCUCAACAUAACAUUUCCUGGGGCUUUACAAGAGCUUGAUCUAAAGACGUGCAAUUUAGACACUUUUCUCAGUGAGGGAGUUGAAGGAACAGGAUUGGCUUUUAUUGUGUUCACUGAGGCUAUCACCAAGAUGCCUGUCUCGCCUGUGUGGGCCGUCCUGUUCUUCAUAAUGCUCUUCUGUCUUGGCCUGUCCUCUAUGUUUGGGAACAUUGAGGGAGUUCUGGUGCCGCUGCAAGACCUCAAAGUUUUCCCUAAAUCAUGGCCAAAAGAGGCUAUCACUGGUGUGACGUGUCUGUUCUGCUGCCUUGUGGGUUUGAUAUUUAUCCAAGGAUCUGGGAACUAUUGGCUUUCACUCUUUGACACUUAUGGGGGAUCUAUCCCUCUGCUGGUUGUUGCCUUCUGUGAGAUGUUCUCAGUGGUGUACAUAUAUGGAAUAGACAGGUUCAACGAUGAUAUUGAGUUCAUGAUUGGACACAAACCCAACUUCUUCUGGCAGGCAUCAUGGAGGGUCAUCAGCCCACUCAUUAUGCUUUUCAUCCUGGUCUUUUACUUCAUCACUAAAGUUACAGAAAAUGUUUUUUACAAAGCCUGGGACCCUGAAUCGGAGAAAUUCCCAACACUGGAUGAAAAGCUAUACCCAGCCUGGAUCAAUGUGAUCAUCUUUAUACUGGCAGGAGUACCCAGUCUUGCAGUCCCUUUAGUAGCUCUCUGGAAAUGUUUCAGGUCAAAGAAGAAGGAUGAGUUGCAUCUCUCCAACAAAACUGAAAUGAACGAUGACAUCACCAAAUCCAAAGUCUAGAGCUGGAGUGUCUAAGUUUUUUCCUCUUCUUAUUAAAAACAUUUCAAUAAUUGCUUUUAUGAUUUCAGGCAGGCAGCAUAACUUUUCCUGAGCGCAGCUCUGUGUUUCGCUUCAAUUUAUUUCAGCAGUGAAUUAGACAACAAUAUGUGAAGAGCUAUAAAACUAGAGUUAGUUAAAUAAUUGUUUGUUUGUGCUUGAGGGACAGUCUGUUUCCUGUUUAUUCCCCUUUGAUCUGCCUUCUAUAAAGCAUAUUGGAUUAUUCCUAAGUAAUAUUUAUAUCCCUUCUCUUUUUCUCAACUGGAAUAAAAAAUCCCUUACAAUGUGCUCUGCAACAGAUUUUCUCUUUCCUCUUUACAAACAUAUUUCCACCCAAAAUAGCAUUGUGUGUGUGAUUUUUGCAGAGAAAUGAAAACUAGACGAAGUAAGCAAAGGCUCUUGAUUCCCUACCAGUAGAUUUCUGUCACAGGGCCCUGCCAUUAUAAGUAAUUCAGCAGAGUUAAUUGUAAUUUGACAGCUUUAGUCUCACAUGUGAUUAAUGAAUUAGAUUUGGAGGAAGCUGUCUCUGAUCCUAAUGACACUAAUCCAAUCUGUCCAGCUGGGGUCAGUAUUGUGCUGUGUUUACAGUGUGCUGUGUUCAGGAAGGUAAUCUAAUAUUGAUUAUAGCAGCAGCAUAUUUUCAUAUUUUCAUUCCUUACUUUCUGCAUUUAUUACUUGUACUGUAAUCAGUGUUUUUCAUCCAUAUUUAAGCGUAGACGGAUGGAUGAUAUUCUGUAUUAAUAUGAUAUUUGGUAAAAACUCUGUAUAGGACAUCUUAAUCAGGGUUUUCAGCCUUACCAUGCAUACAUUGUCUAUUCCUG